AUCCUUCCAAUAGGAUCAUGGCCGUUUUUGCUACUCUUCUGCAUCUCCUGAUACCCUUCGGGGCCUUUAGCUUAAGCCUGUCCUCAACGAGCCAGCUAAACCUGUGUAAGCAAGUCUUAAAUUUGCCUGUUUUGGAGGUCCUGCCUGGCGGAGGCUGGGACAAUCUGCGUAAUGUGGAUGCCGGCCGGGUGAUGGAUAUAGAAUACACCCAGUGCCAGACAACAGAGGACGGAAUGUACCUCCUGCCAGACCAGGUGGUCACGGUGCCACAGAAGUCCAGCAAGGUGAAGAUCAAGUCUGAGAUUGUCAACAGCUGGCUGGACUACAAGAGCUCCUUGGCAUAUUCUGUGAACCUGGACAUCUCAUUCUUUUGGAUUCUCAACGCCAGAUUCUCCGGAGAGUUUCAGAGGAUGAAAACGCACCAGGUGAAGGAGAAUUCCGUCACCAGCAGGACAGAGAUGCGCCACCUCAUUUACACGGUAAAAACCAAUCCCAUCUUCACCCUGGACCCAGUGUUUGUCAGUCGUGCCACUGACAUUGCCAGCGCCCUGGAGAACAACAACACUCGCCUGGUCAACUUCCUCUCUGAGACUCUGGUACGGGACUAUGGUACACAUGUCCUCACUUCUAUCGAUGCCGGUGCCACUUUGGCCCAGGAGGACUAUCUUGCGAGUUCUUUUGCAAGGAGCACCAGUGAGGCCUCCCUCACUGAAUCGGCCAGUGUCUCUUUCUUCACAAUCGUGUCUCUUGGCUAUAAUUAUGUUGAAAAUUACAGUCUCCUACGUAACUACAUGGACAACAUCACCUACUCUGUGAUGGUUAGCCAUGGUGGCCUGCCCUUCUACCCAGGCAUCACUCUUAAAACAUGGGAGGAGAGCAUCCAUAACAACCUGGUGGCCAUCGACCGCUCUGGAUCCCCACUGCACUUCUUCAUCAACCCGGACACCCUUCCCAACCUUCCAGCACCAACAGUUUUGAAGGUGAGUGAAGCAGUGUUCCAGGCCAUCCAGCGCUACUAUAAGGUCAACAUGUACCCUGGCUGCACCGACCCCAACUCCAUGAACUACAACUAUCAGGCCAAUGUUGAGGACGAGUCCUGUGAUGGUGUGAUGUCGAAUUUCAGCUUUGGAGGGGUGUUCCAGCAAUGUACAGCUCUCACAAGAGAUGAAAAAAGUCUCAAGCUGUGCCAGAGUCUAACCCAGAAAAACCCACUUACAGGGAAUUUCAACUGUAGCCCAUCCUACAGCCAGACCCUGCUGAGAACGGAAAUCAAGGAGCAGAGCUCCAAUCGGUAUGAGUGUAGAGAAGAAUGCCAUUCCUGCUGGAUGUUCUUCACAUGCUGCAAUGAUGUGUGUGGCAAUGUGUACACUGUGCAGAGGGUGACUGUUCAGACUUACUGGUGUUCAGCCACCAAUGUCACUAACACUUACCCCUCUGGGUUCCUCUUUGGAGGUCUCUAUGGGCCCACUUCAGUGAACCCCGUCACUAAAACCAAGAGCUGUCCCAGUACAUACUACCCUGCAACCCUACUGUCAGAUGGGCUGAAGAUCUGCUUGGGCCUUGAUUAUAAGUUGGGUGCACGGUAUUCUGUGCCAUUUGGGGGUCUCUUCAGCUGUGAGGCUGGAAACCCAAUGGCAGGUGGUCUUUCCAGUUGCCCGGGAGGAUAUACUCAGCACACAGCCGAUGUCAGCGAUGGGUGCGAGAUAUUGUUCUGUGUUCACUCGGGAGCCUUUUCUCAAGGAGACCUGCCACCGAUCAUCUCUCCCCCCUUCACACGGCGGCCACUGCAAUCCCAGAAUGACACCGAGACAGUGGUGGUUGUGGAAGAGGACGGCGAUGCAUGGGUCAGAAGUGACGAGCAGGGCUGGAAGAAAACUGGCUUUGGAGAAGCCCAGCACAUGAUGCUGUUGUCUCCUGCCUCUGGGGGUUUCAGAGAGGUGGGGGCUCUAGGAGUGACACUGAUGACGACCUUUUCGUUGCUCAUUGUAUUCCUGUAGGAGGUGUCCUCUUCAGGCUUUAUCAGCCUUUUCUUAAAAUUCAAACAUUUUGAUUACUUGUGAUCAAAGUAAGUGUCAAUCAAAAUCACCCUUAAAAUUUAAUAACUGAAUUAUGCUUCAUGAUUAAAGAUAUGUAGCAAAAUAAAAAUUAUUGAUAUCUGACAUUACUAUAAUUUUGCCAUAUGUCAAAGUCCUCAAUCAUUGACUUCAAAUAUACAUGUAGCAGAACCUAAAAUUGAGAAAGAUGUUUCCUUUUGUCAUGCUAGAAUCAUCUAUAAGGCUGUGCUUCACCUUGAAAAUGUACACGAUUUAUGCAUAAUGUUCUGUAGAAUAAAUUUGCC